AUGGCACCACAAGGCGUUCUUGUGGGUCAGCAGGCCAUUAUCAACUGUACCAUCAAUCCUGACCAAGGAGCAGCAGUAACCUGGACUAAAGAUGGUCAUGUGGUCCCUGAUGCAAGUACAACUGUACAUAGACAUGGAGCUGGACCCAUUAACAACGGUCGUUAUAACGAAUACAGAGACAGAGACAUAGACAUUGUAGGCCGGGCAAGUCUUCGGAUCCAGAACACCAGCCUGAGUGAUAACGGGGAGUUCUAUUGUACUGUUACUGUGUCCGGACCUUUAGUGGUGGGACCAGAUUCUGCUGUCCUCACUGUCUUCGGCCGCACCGGCCCCCCGACCAUCUCCCUCUCCGGCACCCCCAGUACCGAGUAUCCCCUGACCCUGACCUGUACCACGGCUGGAGGGUACCCUGCUGCUACCAUCGGCUGGUACAGAGGAGAUGAGAACAGGACUGGGGAGGCUGAGGAUCAGACUGAUGUGGAGGAGACUGACGGGAGUGUGACGUCAUCACGGCAGUACACCUUCACACCGACUAAAAACGACACCGGCGUCUCCUAUAAAUGUGUCGUCAGUCAGAGUGUGCUGCAGAUGGAUCUUGAAGUUGAGACUACGCUUAAUGUCACAUACCCAGCACAGAUCACCCCCACGCCUCCGGUGACCACAACAGUCAUCGUCGGUCAGACAGCAAAUUUCUCUUGCCCUGCCGAGGGCAAUCCAAAUAACUUCACCUACAUCUGGAAGGAGGGAAACCGUACCAUCAACUCUGCUCAUGAAGACCAGUUUAGUCAGAGUGAUGGGGUGCUGACCAUCAGUAAUGUGCAGAGGAACCAACAUGACGUGGUGUAUACUUGUGAUGUCAGCAACAAUAUUGGAAGAGCUGACACGGCUUCUACAACACUAGACGUACAACAUGCCCCAGAUGUGUCAGCUCCAGAAAACGUGACAGUAAAGGAGAACGAUGACUUAACUGUCCAGUGUGUUGCCGCUGCUAACCCUGCUGUCAGCAGUGUGGAGUGGAAGAAACAGGACAGCCCAACAGUUGUGUCCAACAACGCUACGCUAUCAAUUUCAAACAUCCAAAAGGGAAACGCUAGUACCUACGUGUGCACAGCGCAAAACACACUUCAUGAUAACAGCACUGGGACUGGAACAGCGUCAACUGUUGUCAUUGUGCAAUAUGCCCCGUCCAAACCUCACCUGACCAUCAGCGCCAGCCCGGUAUUAGACACAACAAUUGUGACCCUGACGUGCAAUUCUACCAGCGCAGUUCCCGACCCGUCAUACACAUGGAAGUUCACAGCCCAGGGACAGGCUGAACGGGACGUAAACUUUGGAACCACGACUAACAACGGAGGAACACUGACCAUACAUAACCAUGGCAAGUCAGACGACGGUUACCAGAGUCUACGGAUAGCCCACAAACGGACAUCCUCAGCAGAUAUGGCGUAUGAAGAUGUGAAGACACCAUCGGAGUUUCCACGAGAUCGGCUGGAAAUCAAAAAUCAACUUGGAGAAGGCGAGUUCGGAGAGGUCUACAAGGCUGAAGCCUGGAAGAUUGCAGGGCUUCCCGGUAUGACUACAUUGGUCGUGAAGACAGUGAAAGGGAUUACAAAGGAUGCUUCUGGUGCUUUUUUCAAAGAGUUGGCGGUCCUGAAACUCAUCGGGACUCACCCAAAUGUCGUGUCGUUUCUGGGCUACUGCACGAACACGGAGCCGUUCUACCUGCUGCUUGAGUACGUGUCCGGAGGGAGUCUCCAGUCCAACCUCCGUACCAGCCGCACCCAGCAAACAUACGGGAACUUACAUGGCGGCAGCAAGUCCCUCUCCUCACGAGACCUCACCAAGUUCGCCUGGGACGUGGCCAAGGGGAUGACCUUUCUGUCUUCCAAAAAGAUCCUCCAUCGUGACCUGGCGACAAGAAACGUGUUGGUUGCCGAAGAUAAGACCUGUAAGGUGUCUGACUUCGGCUUCUCACGAGAAGGGGAUGAGUAUGAGAGAACAACUAAGACCCGUCUGCCAAUCCGCUGGAUGGCCCCCGAGUCGCUCUUCCACCGGAAGUACACCAUCAAGACGGACGUCUGGGCCUUCGGAGUACUGCUCUGGGAGAUCGUCACUCUCGGAGCCACUCCGUAUCCUGGUAUGUCCAAACGAGAAGUAAUGGACGGAGUGCAGCAGGGAUACAAGAUGGACAAACCAAAACACUGCGAUGACAAACUCUACUCCCUGAUGAUGAACUGUUGGGAUGCUGAUCCCGCUGGGAGACCGGAGUUCCCGAAGAUCCAGCAGAGUCUGGAUUCACUGAUGGAGACUGAAAAUGACUACAUCGAUCUGGCGAGUCUGGAUGAGAACACCUACACAAGUCUGCAUACAGCCUCGGACGAGAAAUACUAA